GAGCAUUGUCUCGUGCGCCGCUUCCAGCAACAGGUCGUUAUCGAUCCGAAAAGGUGUUGUAGAUAUCGGUGCUUCCGAGCGCAUUUGGUUUCCUGAAGUGACUACGGUAGUUGUGUGAAGAUGCUCGACGAGAAAAGGUGCUACUAGAAGAUUCACUUUCUACACAUGGUACCGUCUAGUGCAGUAGCAGAUUUGGAAAUUCUACGGUUUUACGCUCGUUAUUCGUUGUUGCAAACUCUGAAAGCGUGAAUCAAGUGAAGCGUGUCAAACCUUACGACGACGACCGACGAGACGGUUCGGAACUGUUUGUGUUGAAACAAGCAAUUAGAACUCGAUCUUCGCCAGGUCGGAAGCGCUGGCCUUGCUAAGACGAAGACGACGUCCACUUCUACGUCACAGCGCACCACGUGCUUCGAGUGCUGGGAAUCGCGCGGGCAAACAGUAGUGGUCAGCCAGCGCCUACUGCAUUUUCGUUUCUCCAGACCCAUGUGAUUGCGAUACAAUAACGCAGCCCGAGAAUGUUCUCCAAUAACAAGGUGGCCUACAAACGGCUUAACGUUCAGCGAAUACCUGAAAAAUCUAUCGUCUUAAAACUAGUCAUCCCCCUCAUCGUUGCAUUCUUUGUGAUAUUUUGCAUCAUAGGACUACUCUCUCCACGACCCUCCAAUGAAAGAUGGUACGAACAAAGUAAGGAUACUCAACUACUUUCCAAUGACUCCGUACUAAUAGAAACGUUAAAACAUCUCUUAAAUUGCAAAUCCGUAGAUGCCCACUCCCGGAUAGAGACGCGAGGCAAUUACUAUGUGCUGAAAAACUUCAUUAGCCCCAAACGGCCACAGGAGUGCCAUGACAGCAUCACUUACACCACCCACGGGGAUUAUCGAUUCCUGGACAAUGUUGUUCCGCUUCUGGACCGAUGGCAGGGUCCGCUCAGUUUGGCAGUUUACGCCCCGGGAGAGGAGUUCGGGAUUGCCGUUGAAUCGUUGCGGUAUCUGAUUUAUUGCGACCGGCAGUCCUAUCUGGUGGAGGAGUAUGCGGCGGUGCACCUGUACUUUGAUUUUGAGCGGAUGCCGCCCAAACAGAUCCAAUUCUACAGUGACCUUCUUCAGACACCGCUGAACUGCCACUCUGACAACGUGACAUCCACUCUUCCAUCACUUGAAAAUCCUUCCAAUCACACCUAUCCAGUGAACGUCGGACGCAACAUUGCCCGAGAUGCCGCGCGAACGCAUUUCAUCCUGGCAAGUGACAUCGAGCUCUACCCCAAUCCGGGAUUCAUCGAAAUGUUCCUACAAAUGGUGGCCCAACCUGCGUAUCGGUACACCCUGGACAUGCCCAGUGUCUACGUUUUGCCCGUUUUCGAGGUAGAUAGCUAUUCGUCCGUUCCCGAAGACAAGAUUGAACUGCUGCAAAUGCUGAAAACCGGCGAAGCCAUAAUGUUCCACGAGAAGAUCUGUCCCAAGUGCCACACGGUGCCCAACUACGAUGAGUGGUUGAGAGUCGUCAAAACGGAUCGAACGAUGGACAUUCUAUCGACGGCUAAGCGUGAGGGACGUUUCGACCUCUGGGAACCCAUUUACGUGGGAACCAAACGGGAGCCACAGUAUCAGGAACGGUUGAACUGGGAGGGAAAAUUCGACAAGAUGACACAGGGCUACAUCAUGUGCGUGCUUGGAUACAAUUUCCACGUGCUGGACAAUGGAUUUCUGGUGCAUAAGCCAGGUUUCAAAAACGUUACUGAAGCAGCUCGGCCGGAAUUGGAGCGAGCGCAGAGAAAUUUUGUCGAGGAAGUGAUUUUUGAAGAGCUGAAGAUUCUGUACGGCGAGAACAAGCACUGUCGUUUGUGAGUUGUAAUAAAACGCUUGCUUUACAA